CUAUCAACGGAGAUGCACAGAGUCUGAGCGAAAAGGCUUCGCAUACAGAGCCAACCUUGCGAGCGAUUUCGACGCCUUCAGACAUUGAACAAGAAUUGCCUGCAACCCAAGCAGCUCCCGCUACACUCGUAGCGCCGAACGGCGGUUUGCUCGCCUGGCUACAGGUCGCUGGAUCGUUCUGCAUCUUCCUAAAUACCUGGUAAGAGACAACCGAGAGUGGAUUAUCAUGGCCAAAUUCAGCGCCGACUUUUUUGUCAUCACAGGGGAGUUGUGAACAUGUACGGCGUUUUUCAGGCAUACUAUGCGACCGACAUCGCACAGACUUCUUCCGCUUCAGACAUCUCGUGGAUUGGAUCCGUACAAGUCUUCCUGCUCUGCUUUGUGGGCACAAUCGUUGGUCCCGUCUACGACGCAGGAAAAUGCCGUCAUCUGCUGGUUGUCGGUACCAUAUUGUCGCUUCUGGGCAUGUUCACAACGAGCGUGUGUCAAAGCUAUUGGCAAUUGUUCCUUGCGCAAGGUGUGGCGACCGGUUCCGGGUUUGGUUGUCUGUUCUUACCGGGUGUCACGAUCGUCUCUCAAUACUUCAGCACCCGCAAGGCUUUCGCUACAGGUAUUGCUUCAUUGGGGAGUGGCAUUGGCGGAGUGAUCUAUCCCAUCAUGUGGACACGACUUCAGCCCCAGGUCGGCUUCGGUUGGGCCACUCGAAUCGUCGCGUUCGUGAUGCUUGUGACAUUGAUCGUGCCAGUCGUCGUCUUGAAACCGCUCAUUCAGCCAAACUCACGCCGAACGCUGUUGGAUUUCAAGUCCUUCCUGGAUCCACCAUUUGUGCUCUUCGGCGGUGGAAUCUUAUUCGGAUACAUGGGAAUCUACGUGGUAUUCUUCUACAUCCAGCUAUACGCGCAGUCUCGGGCCAACGUCGACUCAAAUCUCGCCUUCUACCUCCUGGCCAUCACCAACGCCGGCUCCAUCUUCGGUAGGAUUCUGCCAAACUUUGUUGCCGACAUCAUUGGAACGCUCAACGUCAUGAGCAUAGUCGCCUUUGCAGCAGCGAUAAUGAGUCUAUCUCUGCUCGCCAUUCGCAAUGUUCCUGGCAUUAUAGUGUUCUGUGUCCUGUUUGGUUGUUUCACAGGCACGUUCAUGAGUCUACCGGCACCGACUACUGCGAGUCUCUCAGCGAAGCACAUGUCAUCGCUGGGUGCAAGAAUGAGCAUGGCUUUCAUGACGGCUGCUAUUGGAUCGUUGGUCGGAAGUCCCAUUGCUGGCGCGAUCCUGGCACAGAAUGGUGGCGAGAAUUGGAACGGUCUUCUUAUUUGGGCAGGGGUCCUGAUGGUCAUUACUACAGCAUGUAUGCUGGCAGCGCGAACUGCCAAACUUGGUUUCAAGCUGUCUGCUAAGGCUUAGAAGGUUGAUUCUGCGACCUGACGCAUGCACCACAAGUCCUCUCAGCCUUCCAGCAGCUCAGAACCACACCAUGCCCGACUCGAAAGAAUGGAGCCCUUGAAGGCACCGUCUCUCAAAA